CUAAGAGUUGUUGUUUCCUGGGCUCACAGUAAUCGGGCAGUUUAAUAUCUUCCAUGUGCACUAUCAUUGGCCUUCUCAUGCUGCGUUCUUGUUGUCGCGGCGUGAUGCCGUUCUUCGAAGGCCUUGACAUGGAGACGCGGAAGCAGAGGCUCAGUGUGCGUCUCAACCUCAUCCUUCAGUCUUACAUCCAGCAAUUCAUGGCAGAACCUCCUCUGACUUCACACACACAAGAUGUCGGGAACCUACUCAUGGUGCCCAGAUCAACCAAGGGCCGGGUCUUUGACAGCAAUAUCGAGCGUGUUCCCUGGUGCUAUUGAGAUAUGUUGUAUCAAAGUCAAUCUGGUGAAUGUCCAGAUCGCUUUGGACAGCCCAUUAAAGCAGGAGACGGAGUGUGUCAUGCCGGACCACAGCUGAGUAUGUCUCGAG